AUGAGCAUAAGACUUCCACCGGUCCACAAUUCGGCUGCAGAAGAUGAUGGGCUGUCUGAAUCAAGCUCAAGCGACCAAGACGAAACAUGGGACGACUGGGUGGACGACUCGCCCCCGAAGCCAUGUCGCUCGCUGUUCGACGAUAGUGUAUUCCCCUCCGUAGAUCAGACCAUCGCAUACGACAAAACAACACAUGGCUUUGAUCUCGGUGGUGCCUUCACCAAAAUGGUUCUUGACAUCCACGGUCGAAUCAGAUUGAUCAAUUUCAUCAGAAAGCAUAAAGUCUCACCGAAAGAAGUUUUCACCUUGACUGGCAAAGAAUCUUUUUUCUCGUCAGACGAUUAUCUCAUCCCUGUGCUCGAGGACGAUCCUUUGCUUCAAUGGCAACCAGACGACUGGUCAGAUUCUGAGGGCGAAGAUGAGAUUGGAUCCGAUCCGAUCCAAGUUCUCGAGAAGAAACUUGCAGCAACGCAAAAACAAUUGGAGCACUAUCGCAUAUUUGCUGGCUCCGUUCUUGCGGGAUCUCCAGAAGCCAGUUCGAGUGGCAGCAAACCUGCUCAGCGCGAUGAUGACACGCACUACUUUGACAGCUAUGCAGAGAACGAUAUCCACGCUGUGAUGAUUCAGGACCAAGUCCGUACCUCAACCUACGCGUCUUUCAUUCUCGGACACCCAGCCUUGUUCAAAGACGCGAUCGUCCUUGACGUAGGCUGCGGUACCGGAAUUCUCUCGCUUUUCGCCGCCAGAGCUGGCGCCAAGAAAGUUAUAGCCGUGGACGCGAGUGAUAUCGCAAAAAAAGCAGAGAAGAUCAUCAAAGCCAACGGAUACAGUGAUGUCAUCCAGGUGAUACAGGGGAAAGUCGAAGACAUCACAUUGCCCGACGGGAUCACCCAUGUGGACAUCAUCGUGUCUGAAUGGAUGGGAUACGCUCUUCUAUAUGAGUCGAUGCUGGAUUCUGUACUUGUGGCCCGAGAUAGGUUCCUCAAGUCAGGUGAAGAAACUGGGAUCAUGGCACCAAGCCAAUGUCAAAUGAUGCUAGCGCUAUGUGAUGCCUCCGAGGUGCGCAAAGACAGAGUCGACUUUUGGGGCGACAUCUACGGCUUUGACCUAUCGACGAUGGCGGAGGAAGUCUUCGAUAACGCUAUCAUUGAUGUCGUGGGUCCAGAAAGUCUACUAAGUGAACCAUACAUUGUUAAGGAUCUGUCGCUCAGUUCAAUAAGCGCACGCCAACUCUCAUUCGCCUCUUCUUUCACUCUUACAUCAACCGCCGAGAAACGUACCAAGCUAAAUUCAUUCGUCCUCUAUUUCGACACAUUCUUCAAUGCGUCGGGUGCCCCCAUCUCACCUUCUACUAAAGUCAAGGUCACCAAGGAGCAAGACCCAGUCGUUGCCGAAGUCUGGCCAGUUGGUGGCAAACCCGCCCCUAAGAGAAGACAAAGUCUGGGAAAAGACAAGGAGAACGUAGUCAGCUUCAGCACUGGCCCGCAGAGUAUCCCUACGCACUGGAAGCAGACGAUAUUCUUGUUAAGGGAGCCUGUGAGGAUCGAAGAAGGCUCCGUUGUUUCAGGAACGUUCUACUGCAAGAAGAGCGAGAACAAUUCGCGCAGUUUAGACGUAGAAAUCCACUACUGCGUUCAGCGGGACGCCGAGUCGCCCAUCGGCGAGACAGUAGUUGCGAUGUACAAAGUCGAAUAA